AUGUCUCACAGCCCGAACUUGACCGCGCACAUGCCCGCCGCCUCCCUCAGCGCCUCUGGGAGCGUCCACCCGCCCUCCACCAGUAUGGUGACGUCUUCCCAGUACCGCCAGCUGCUGAGUGACUACGGGCCGCCAUCUCUGGGCUACGCCCAGGAAACUGGAAAGAGCCAGGUGCCCCAGAGCAAAUAUGCGGAGCUGCUGGCCAUCAUCGCAGAGCUGGGGAGAGAGGUCAGACCCCUCUCCGCGGGCAGCUGGAGCGCGAUGGAGAGCCUGAAACGCGGCAUCAUCCACGCACGAGGGUUGGUGCGGGAGUGCUUGGCAGAAACGGAACGGAAGGCCGGGUCCUAGCUGCCUCGUGAGCCUGGAAGGUUUUCUGUCUUCUUCCGAGAGGAGAAGUUACAGUAGUUCAUUUCCCCUGUUAGGAUGAAACUUUGUUUUCAAAAUGGUAACAGUUUUGUUUCUCCACCCCCCCCCGC